AUGGGACAAGGUUACUCCCUCACAACCCUGUCAGCGGGGUCGGCGGGAAUCGAUGUGCCCGAGCUGUCUGACCUAGUGUAUGAGAGGUCGAUGGGAGGAGGCAGGUUCAUGAAGAGCAUCAGAGCCAAGCAGCAGAAUGGCUUGGUCUUUGUGAAAGUGAUCAUGAAACCGUUCCCUACCAUGGAGCUAGAACCAUACAUCAAAGCAAUCACAAGGGAACGCAAUCUAUUGUCAGAUGUGCCGAACGCGUUGAGCUAUCAGAGGAUUCUUGAAACGGGGACAAGUGGAUACCUGGUGCGUCAGUACAUCCACAGCUCCCUCUAUGACCGAAUGAGCACACGGCCUUUCUUAGAGCAUAUUGAGAAAAAAUGGAUUGCGUUUCAGCUCUUGUGCGCUCUUCGAGAUUGUCAUUCCUUAGAUAUCUACCACGGUGAUAUCAAAACGGAGAAUGUGUUGGUGACAGCCUGGAACUGGCUGUAUCUUUCCGAUUUCUCCUCAUCAUUCAAGCCAACCUUUCUCCCGGAAGACAAUCCUGCGGAUUUCUCUUUCUUCUUCGAUAUAUCCGGCAGACGAACAUGUUACUUGGCCCCCGAACGUUUCUCUGUAGCUGGUGAAGAACCAAGCGGGAGUGGAGUAAACUGGGCAAUGGACAUAUUCAGUGCUGGCUGCGUUAUCGCUGAACUAUUCCUCGAGUCGCCCAUUUUCAACCUGAGCCAAAUGUACAAAUACCGCAAAGGCGAAUACAGUCCAGUGCACAGUCAACUGGCAAAGAUUGAAGAUCCAGAUAUUCGAGACUUGAUCCUCCAUAUGAUUCAACUCGAGCCUGAAUCGCGAUACUCCGCAGAUGAAUAUCUCAACUUCUGGAAAGGAAAGGCGUUCCCGGAAUACUUCUACAGCUUUCUUCACCAGUACAUGUCUCUCAUGACCGAUCCUUCAUCUGGCCGACCAGAUGCCGGAGCAGACUCAAACAACCGAGGAGAAGCGGAUGAACGAAUCGAGCGUGUCUAUCUGGACUUUGACAAGAUAUCCUACUUCCUCGGUUCUACAGCCCGGGGCGUCGGGGGAGGAUCCGGUAUAACUAUCCCUAAUUUGACUGGCAAUGCUCUCCCUGUGAAACUUGAUCAACCAAGAGGCGAGGUCCCAACCCCGACUCAGUCCCAGCCCGAUGAGGGUGCUCUGAUCUUCCUCACACUGGUAGUUUCCAACCUGCGGAAUACAGGCAAAGCAUCGGCUAGAAUCAAAGCCUGUGACAUUCUUCUUGCUUUUGCAGAAAGGUUGUCGGAUGAAGCGAGACUGGAUCGAGUGCUCCCGCAUAUCAUGAUUCUUCUAACUGACCGUACUGAUACCGUCAAAGUCGCUGCGAUCCGCACCCUGACCCAACUACUCGAAAUGGUCCAAGUAGUGUCCCCAGUCAACGCCUAUUUGUUCUCCGAAUACAUUUUCCCACGACUUCAACCGUUUGUGGCUACCUCCAGCAAUAAUCCCAGUGCGAUGGUGCGUGCAGCAUACGCCUCGUGCAUCGCGUCCUUGGCCCAAUCUUCCUUGCGCUUUCUGGACAUGAUUCAAGCGUUACGCUCCGACACCCGUUUGGCUGCGUUGAUACCGGUUGGCUUUGAGCCCCGGUGGUCCGAAGAGGCGACUUACCACAAUCUUUACGAUGUGGCCCGAGUUGACCUCUUGGAAUAUUUCGAAGCUCACACGAAAGCACUCUUGACGGACACAGACGCAUCAGUACGGCGGGCAUUUCUAGGAUCUGUGUCUAGUCUUUGUGUUUUCUUCGGAAAUCUCAAGGCCAAUGAGGUUGUUCUGAGUCAUUUGAAUACGUACCUGAAUGACCCCGAUUGGAUUCUCAAAUGCGCUUUCUUCGAGGCCGUGAUAGGCGUCGCAGCUUACGUGGGAAGUCUCAAUUUAGAACUAUACAUACUGCCACUCAUGGUUCAAUCAAUGACAGAGCCUGAGGAAUUCGUCGUUGAAAGAGUCAUUCGAUCUCUAGCAGCCAUGGCAGACCUUGGCUUGUUCCAGCGGCCAACGAUGUGGGACCUGCUCCACACAACUGCAGGCUUUCUGGUGCAUCCAAAUCUCUGGAUUCGAGAAGCUGCGGUGAAGUUCGUUAUGAACUCCUCCAAAUUCUUAUCGAUAGCGGACAUACAUUCCAUCCUGACACCCAUAAUUCGUCCAUUCCUCAAGAUCCAAAUCGUUGGCUUUUCCGAAAUCCGCAUUCUCGAUGCCCUGAAACGACCAAUCUCGAGGAGUGUAUAUGAAUCGGCUUUGCAGUGGGCCUCAAAGACCGACCGCGGGGUGUUCUGGAAAUCCACUAGCCGCGAGGGGAUGUUCCACUUGUCUGAGCCCAGGGCCUUUAGUCCUCGUGUUGGACAACGAACCCCUGCCUUGACCAUGGCCAGUCAACCCAAAAAUGACGAGGACGAGCAAUGGUUGAGCCGCCUCAGAAACUUUGGAAUGACCUUAGAGGACGAGUCUAAGCUGCUUGCACUGAAGGACUAUGUUUGGAGGGUCUCACUGCGACAAUCUAGAGAAGUCAAUAAUCACAUCUCUCCCCCCUUGAAUGAUAUCGUCAGCCUAACCCAACACGGCAUCAAGCCACAAACUGUUUUCUUUGACAAAGAGCUCAGAGAACAACCGCGAAGGGGGUCAUUGGAUGAAAAUGACGGGAACGCCGGGGAUGAUGCGAGGCCAAGAACCAUCGCAGACGCCUUGCUCGACGCUUCAACGACUAUUGAGCGAAACCCCAGUCUUCACCGCAGGCACUUGCGCUCAAAAAGCCAUGCAUCAAAAGACCAAAGGCCAUCCCCUGGCGCUCCUCUUUUGGACGGCAAUGAUUCAUCCCCUCUCUCGUCGUCACCACUGUCCUCGUCCCCUGCUACGAGAUCGGGGUCUCGCGCAUUAUCUCCGCCAAACUCGGACACUGACCGCAGACCUUCCACUUGUGGGAGUAGUCCCGGCCAAGAUGGAUCAUUAACACCAACAAACGCAGAGACACGAAGCUUGGCUAGCUGGGUUAACAAAAGACCCAGUGCGAUCAACUUGCUGAAUGGAAAAGACACCGGCAAAGCCUUUGCCGAGACAGCCACAAGCGCCGCCAAUGCCUUUGGAAAGGUUGACGCACCAGUUCAAAGAGGCGGGACACCCCAGCCAUCUACAUCCAUAUUUCCAGAGCGAAAGCCCCAGACGAUCUCGCAAAAGUACCGGGCCAACCAUUCAUAUUCGGGGAAUCAUCCCGCUGUUUUACGGCUGUUGGACAACGUCUUCGAGGAAAAUUACCCUACAGACUUGUUUGACCUUGGUCCAUAUGUGAAAGAAGUUGAUACCCGACAACCGAUUCGCGGCGCCACCGAUCAAGAGCCGAACAAGGUCUGGAGACCAGAAGGAAACUUGGUUGCAACUUUUGGUGAACACAGUGCGCCGAUCAAUCGCAUAGCUGUUGCGCCAGAUCACUCAUUCUUUGCCACUGCUUCCGACGAUAGUACAGUGAAGAUAUGGGAUACCACCCGUUUAGAAAGAAAUCUGACACCACGGUCUCGUCAGACCCACCGUCAUGCGCCGGGCUCCCGGGUGAAGGCUUUGACCUUUGUGGAAAAUACGUAUACUUUCAUCAGUGCAGCUACCGACGGCAGUAUUCAUGCUGUCCGGGUUGAUUAUCAGAAAGUCAGCCAGACUGCUGUUCGCUAUGGCAAACUUCAGAUCGUUCGCGAAUAUCAGCUUCCCGCUGCCGAGGACGGAACCCCAGAGCACGCUGUUUGGAUGGAACACUUCCGCGAAGAAGGCCAGUCCACAUUAAUCAUAGCAACAAAUACCUCCCGCAUCAUUGCCCUGGACAUGAAAACCAUGCUUCCAAUCUACACACUGGAGAAUCCCAUCCAUCAUGGCACCUUGACUACUUUCUGCUGUGAUCGCAGGCAUCACUGGCUACUGGUUGGCACCACUCACGGUAUUCUUGAUCUCUGGGAUCUGCGUUUCCGCGUACGACUGAAGGCUUGGGGUCUUCCGGGUUGGGGUGCAAUCAAUCGCAUCCAACUGCACCCAGUGAAGGCACGUGGACGCUGGGUCUGCGUGUCCAGCAGUGGCAGCCAUGGCAAUGAGAUCACCGUAUGGGACAUUGAAAAGUUCCGCUGCCGUGAAGUCUACCAGGCGACCCCACUGGGCAUCGGUAGUAAUGCUUCCAGUACCGCUCAUCCCUCCCGUACCUCUGCUCAUCCAACCCACAUCGCGCCGAGUGACUACGAAGCAUGGCGAGUCGACGGCGACCGACCGGAAGGCAUGCUAAGUCGGUUCGCCACCAGCGAUACAGAAGGCACUUCCAGCAACUCGGCUGGUGAUCGGCUCGGUAUCUGGACCUUUGCCGUUGGUCUCAAUGCUCCCGAUGAAGACAAGGACUCUAGCACAAAGUGUGGGUAUAUCAUAUCUGCUGGGUGCGACCGAAAGAUUCGCUUCUGGGAUUUGGCUCGGCCAGAUCUUUCGUCUAUAGUCAGCGGCUUAGACAUUGUGUCGGACGGAAGUGCUGGCGGCAAGCCGCACUACGAGCAGUCUCAACCAAGUCCGAAUCUUUUGGUCACUACUGAGCGGCUCCCUAGUUCGUCUACUGGUGGCAACUUGAGAGAUGCCAGGAAGGGAGCAAGUCGGCCACCCCGGAGUACGGUCAUUAGUCUGCAGCAACAGAUGUUGUUGAAAAGCCAUUUAGACGUGGUUCAAGAUGUGGCAGUCUUGCGUGUUCCAUAUGGCAUGGUUGUUAGUGUCGACCGGGCCGGCAUGGUCUAUAUCUUUUCUUGA